GCAGGGUGCAGAUCCAGGCGCUGCAGCGCACACACACAGCUCUCUCCCACCUGUACGGUGCAAUCAGAUUGGACGGGGCGGUCAGAUGGUGGCAGAUCACGUGGCCCAGGCAGGCAGCUCAGUGCAAAGGAAAAGAUGGGGUUUUGUGUAAAUGUGGGGGUUUAGUGCUGCCAUAUAUCACUGCCGCCUCGUAAAACCGACACCGGAGCCUACCGGACUACAAAUCACAGCUUCAUAAAUAUGACUUCUUCCUAUUAUGUGAGCGCCUUAUUCAGCAAAUACACUGCGGGGGCUUCUCUCUUCCCCAACCCCGAGUCCACUCCUUGUUCCCUGGCUAGCAACUCCCAGAGAGGCGGCUAUGGCACCGGUACCGGCCCAUUCCCUUCCUCCGUGCCCAGCUUGUACAAUAGCCCCCUGUACCAGAACCCCUUCCCCGCCUACAGCCUGGCCUCAGACUCCUACAACCUGCACUGCUCCAGCUUUGAUCAGAACAUUCCGCUGCUCUGCAAUGAGCUCCCCAAGGCCGAGGAAGCGGCUCUGCACCAACAGGCGGACUCCCAUUUCCGCAUCUACCCCUGGAUGAGAUCCUCAGGUCCGGACAGAAAGAGGGGUCGCCAGACCUACACCCGUUACCAGACUCUGGAGCUGGAGAAAGAAUUUCACUUUAAUCGCUACCUAACCCGCAGGCGGAGAAUAGAAAUUGCACACGCCCUGUGUCUGACUGAAAGGCAGAUCAAAAUCUGGUUCCAGAACAGGAGAAUGAAAUGGAAGAAAGAACACAAGGAGGAAAGUGGCCAGACCCCCGACGCAGGGGAAGACUCCACUGCACCUACUACUACUGCAGAAGACAAAGAUAAAGAAUAAAGCGCAAUUAACAAGGACAAUUUGUACUAAGGGGUUUGCACGGGGCUGGGCAAGGGGACAUUCAGCUAAAUGUCAUUAUUUUCAUAAAUAUAAAGUUGGAGACUGGAUGAAGGCCCCGAGGAAUCAGCGAAGGGUUCAUUCAGUUCAACCAGGUGUAAUUGUAGCCUAUAAAGAAAAAAAAAAACAAAAAUGAAGUUAUUUUACUUUACAUUCGUAUUAUAUAUAAAUAUAUAUUGUACAUUUGAUACUGAGUUUCAGUAGUAAAAAAACAGAAAAACGAUGGUUUGUAUAAUGCAAAUACACCUCUUUUCUUAACUACCUAACCCCACCGGCUAAAUCCCAGGUACAUGAGAAAUAAAACGAAGCUACCUAUGCGACAGAAUCGUUUAGUUUUACUGUAUGUGCGUAUUCAAGACUCAAAUAAAGGGCAAAACGCACCGAAACGACCACUACAUGUAUCUUACCUUACUGUAUACUACCUAGUAAAGUCUAACAACUACCUGUUUGUGCUUUUUUGUGAUGCUAUGAAUUUUAGAUAGUAUUUAAAUGACGAAAAUGUAUUAUAUUGGUAAAAAAAAAAACAGACAAAUGUGAAUUCUGAAUUGUGCGUGUGUAUUUUUUAUUCUAGAGAUUAAGAAAAGCCGCAGCUAGCAUAUCAGUUCGGACUGAUGCUGAUAUACUGAAGUGCAGAAAAAUUAGUGUUACAUUGUGUGUCAAUAAACAGUAUUUUCCUUCCAUGAUGUUUCUCUUUGCGUUGCCUAAGGCAUGGCUAUUUCAGCAGUUGUGUGACCACAUCCUUUGUAUUCCAUGGUUUACAUUUUGAUAAACUGUUACUAAGUCAAAUCUUAAAGUAUUAUUUUUUAAAGUCAUUGUGCUGGAACACUUAACUAAUAUGAUAUUGUCACUUUUGGGAACAUUUAAGCAUGGGGAAUAUGGAAAAAGAAAUAUGUGUGUAUGUUGUGUACAUGUAUAGGUGUAACAUUUGCUGUUAUAUUUCGAAGAAUGGUAAAUGUGAUUAUUUGAAAUCUUUUUUGCAUUUGUUAAGAUAAAUGUACAAUCAAUUACAUUCAGAGUUGUUUCCGUGCAUAAUAUAUUUUUUUGUUAAACAUAAUAAAGACAUAAAUGUUCGUUCA